CGGGUUGGUCCUGUAUUCCCCCGCCCGGGCCCCGCACCCCGCAAGCUCGCGCAAUCGCGGAUAACAGUUUUAUUUCCCCGAAUAAAGUUUAUCAAACAAAGCGUGCGUGCCCCGCGCCCUGCAUCUGCUCGCCCAGCUGUUCCCGUUGCAGCUGACCUAUUCGUCUCGCUCGCGCCGCCCGGCCGCCCGUGUGUACAAGAGGGACGGAGUAUAUUCAGUGUAAGCGCGGAGCCCUUCAGUUCCCUGUGCACGGCCCAUUCGCAGUCUGCAUCCCGAUGCCGACGGGCAAGCUAAUAAUGAACAAGCGUAAGCGUGAGGACUCCGAGCGUCGAGUGAAGCGUCAACGUCGCCGCAAGCGCUCCCACAGCGAGCCCUUGCUCAACGACUCCGAGAAUGCGGAGAAACGUCAGGCGCUGAAGAGGCUCUUCGGACGGGUGUGCUCUGCAGAAGUAAAUGACGACCAUCGUCGAGUUAAUCAGGAGGAGGAAGUCGAGGAGCCCGAGUUCGGCGGCCAGGGGCAGUUCGGCGACGAGAACGAGGAUCCUCUACUCGACUCUGUGCCUGUGGACAUGGACCCGGAGCAGCUUGGGUUUCUGGUGUGUGCGCAAGAGACCCUGCGUUUCUUGCAUGGACGCGGCAUUCCGGUUCAGCACCCGGUGUUCGCACGUCUGCGCUCGCGCCUGCUCCAAGGGAUCGACGAGCUGGCGAUGGCCUGAGCUUGGCUGGGCCCAGAGCCCGCGAGAUAUUAAGCCCCAUCCGUUCCCGGCUUCACGUCCCGGACUUCCUGCGCUCUGCAGUUGGUGUAUUUUUCGUUUGUUGUCGAUGUCUCCUGUCCUUACCUACUUUGUGAGUUCCGGGUCAGUAAUGAAGUGCGUGGUUGAAUGUGGAUGCGGUGUUUAUUGGUGGCCCUCCUGCCGGGCGUCUAGUCACUAUCUAGUCACUAUUAAAUUUAACGAAAAUAUUAUCAACUAUUUUAUGCUAAAACUAUUAUAUUUUAUGUGUCUAAUAAAUCUA